ACGGCUUCAAUGCUGGCUGCCAAGUCCGCUAACAAGCUUUGAUCUAGCGAAUGGAAGGCGAUGGCUGUUCUGAAUUUCCGAUUGCUAAGCAGUGCCUCUGAUACUAUCCCGGUGCCUCGAAUUACUAAUGCUAUCCUGCGCCAAGUCCGCACGGCGUGAUUCACGGUCUGGUUCCCUUCGUCUUGGGGUGGGAGAAUACGAUAUCCAAAGUGGAUAUGCCAGGGGCUUGUUCUUCAUUUGGUCACCGUCGGGGAUAUUGGUAAUUAGUGGAUAGCGAGGGACUGAAUAGCUUCCUGUGCGAUUGGCGAAGUUACGGAUUGCGGAGUUCUCGGUUUCAACAAUGGAGAUGAAUGGCGCUGCUAGACUCUAUAUAAAGUACCGUGUUGGACGGCGAUGAAGACAUCAAACCACCAGCACAACAGCAACAACUACAUCGCCAUCCAACGCAUCAUCUUCAGAUCUCAACUUCAUCAGCAUGUCUUCUCCUCGAAUCCUGUGUCUCGGCAUCGGCAACAUGGGCGCCGCCCUCGCCCAGACCCUCCUCCGCUCCUCCUCCCCAACAACCAACCUCACCAUCUGGAACCGCACCCCCUCCCGCCCACUAGUCCAGUCCCUCGUCGAUGCCGGCGCCAAGUUCGAGCCGAACCUCGUGACCGCCAUCGCCCACGCCGACAUCAUCCUAAUCUGCCUCCUCGACUACCCCGCCAUCUACACCGCCCUCCACCCUGUCCCUUCCCUCGCCAGCAAAACCAUCAUCAACCUCACCAACGGCACCCCCCGCCAAGCCACCGACGCACAGACAUGGAUGACUGCGCGCGGCGCAGAACUCUACCUUGACGGCGCCGUCAUGGUCACCCCGCAGCUGGUCGGCACGCCGCACGCGUUCCUCCUCUUCAGCGGCGCGACCGAGGCGCGCUUCCAAGCCGCCAUGGCUAGCGUCGUCGCUCCCCUGGGCACAGCGCUCUACACGGGCGAGGACGUCACCUCUGCGGCGGCGAGCGACCUUGCGGCGCUGGCUGCCAUGUACGGGAUGUUCGCUGGCGCGUUCGUAGGAAUGGGGCUGCUACAGAAGCAACUCGCUAGGUCGGGGAGCAAGGGGGAUGCGAAGAUUGCGCCCGCGGUGGAGAAGGUCGUCGUGCCACUGCUGGCGGCGCUGGUGCCAUAUGUGGGGCAGAUUGCCACGGCCGUGGACGAGGAAGCGUGGGAGGACAAUAUGGGAAAUCCGCUGGGGAUGCAGCUCGCGGGGGUGCGGAACAUUUUGCAGGCCUGUAAGGAGGAGGGGGUGGAUGGGGGUGGGUUGGAUGCGCUGGCGUCGCUGAUGCAGAGGGUGAUGGUUGAACGGGGAGGGGAUGGAGGCGUCGCGGAGGUGGUGAGGUUAGUUGUUGAGUAGAGCGGCGAAGUGAUAUUCAAUAGAAUUGUCCAUGCUUUCUGACCCCUCGCAUGUGUAGUAUAUGCUGUCUGGGAUCACAGCUUUCAGCAAGGCUUUCAGCAAGGCUUUCAGCAAGGCAGGCUUCGCGACUUUAAGGAAGAAUAUUAAUGGUUCGAUGGGGAGUCGAUAUGUCAUUGUAGGGUUUAGCUAAAUCUGUCAGCGAAGUAUUUCCGACAAAAUUGCCCGUGU